AUGACAACCGACCCAGGUUCUCCGCGUUCUUUCGCUCUCGCUUUUAUCUCCAAUCCUCGUUUCCAUCGCUCAUUCACCAUCGAGGCCACUGCUACACAUGGACCCCUCGACGUCAGCUACGCCGAGUAUGGCAAAGAAGCUGCCGAUUCCGAGAUUGUUCCGACCCUUCUCAUGAUGCCGGGUAUGUUUUCAUCCCGGUAUCUUGGUGUCUGUCUGCACGCGAUUGCCGAGAAACUGGGCGUGCGCAUGCUUGUUGUUGAUCGUACCACCGAUGUUCCACUUGCUCAACGCAUGUCGGUUUGGGUUGAAAUUGUUCCACGUCUUCUGGCGCAUCUGGGUAUUCAACAUGUGGCUUUGGCAUCGCACAGUGCUGGAACCAUGUAUCUCUUGAACACAUUGUGGAGCUGCCGCGAUAUUCUGGACCCGCAUCAUCCAAGGGUAACGCUGUUAGCUCCCUUUGUGGACCCUGCACAUUCGGGAAUGAUGUCGCUGAAAGCAGCUCAAUUUCUUCCUACGCCGGCUUUCAAGCUUUGGAAUCAUAUCCCACGUCUCUUCCUAGCCCAAGAUGGGUCCGCUACGGCGACUAGCGGACAGAUGGUGACCAAGUUCUCUGCCAUGCUUUCCUCUGGGGGCAACGAAGAGAAAGAUCAAAACCGUCGCUAUAUUGAAGAGCACUAUGGAUUAAGUGUGGAUCAACAAAACGAAAUAGAUUCCUCUAUGAUGCAAUCCAUGUUCAAAGAGAACACGGUUGGCGCUAACAGCGAGGCUUUACAGUGUCUGCGCAAGAAGCCUGAUCUUUGGGGGAAAUGUGAAAACUAUGAGGUCUUUGUAAAGGAACUGAUCGAAAGAGAAGUUGCACGAGGCCCAGAGGGGGUGCCUCUGAAGGUUCAAGCAUACUUUGCCGAAGAAGAUGGUAUGAGUGGAAAGAAAGGACAAGCAUAUUUCGAGAGAUGCUGGCAUCAAGUCGAAGAAGGGAAUUAUGGGAGUGUGCUUAGCUUUGAGUCGAUAACUGUUCAGGGCACAGAUCAUGAUAGCUUGGUACAAUCUGCGAGAGUGUGGGAGAAGAUUCUAGCGGAGAUUAAAACCGAGUGA